AUGUCUUCCCACGCCGGCUGGAUCGCCUAUGAAUACUACCCUUCAAUGGGUGCUGCAAUAGUAUUCAUUGUCUUAUUUGCAAUUGUCACUUUAAUGCACACAUUCCAUCUGUUCCGCACGAGAACAUGGUUCUUCAUCCCGCUUUUGAUUGGCGGAUAUUUCGAGCUAGUUGGAUAUAUCGGCCGCGCCAUGUCAUCGAAACAAUCACCUGAUUGGACCACCGGACCCUAUAUUAUGCAAAGCACAUUGCUGCUCAUUGCGCCGGCACUGUUCGCUGCCAGUAUUUACAUGGAAUUGGGUCGGAUUAUCAUUAUGGUCAAGGGAGAGCAGUUUGCCCUGAUUCGGGUUAACUGGAUGACCAAGAUCUUCGUCGCGGGUGAUGUGUUGAGUUUCUUGAUGCAGGCUUCUGGUGCUGGAAUCAUGGUCACCGGCUCAAGUUCUACCGACCCCUCAUCCUCCACCAGCACCGGCCAGAACGUUAUCAUCGGCGGCCUCAUCGUGCAAAUCGUCUUCUUCGGCUUCUUCCUCCUUACUUCGCUCAUCUUCCAGAAGCGUCUGGGCUCUCACGCCGGAGCUCGCGCGGUGGCGAACCAGUACCCAUGGCGCAAGCAUAUGUGGGCGUUGCAAUCGUCCAGUAUCCUUAUUCUCAUUCGGUCCGUCAUUCGUGUCGUGGAGUAUGUCCAGGGCACACAUGGUUAUCUCAUGGAGCAUGAGGUUUUCAUUUAUGUCUUUGAUGGAUUGUUGAUGUUUGUGAUGAUGGUCAUUCUCGUGGUAAUUCACCCUAGCGAGGUGAAUUAUCUUCUUGGAAGAGGAAAUGUCGUCACCGCUAUGGGUGGAUUGAAGGUUAUGGAGGGCUCGAACGCGGUUUAA